AUGCGCAGUGCUCAGUCUCCGCCUACCCAUUCAUCAACUCGAGAAGCCACACCUAGCUAUUGUUAUCAAGAUGUCGCCCAACCAAUCCGGAGAAGCUAUGAUUAUGACGAUGUUUAUCGUCUGACUCUCGAUUCGUCGGCUCUUGUCGACUGGCUGACUACCCGCGGGGUCAUAGGUGACUUCGAAGGAGCCUGCCCCCGUUGUACUAGCGGUCAGCUGACUCGAAAAAAAGACUCAAGCUACGGUCGUGAUGGUUUGGUCUGGCGAUGCCGGGUCAAGACCUGCGGCCAGAAAGUUUCGAUCCGGGAGGGGAGCUGGUUUUCCGGCUCUCAUCUCACUCUGCCUCAACUGAUGAAGCACCUGUAUUACUGGGUCUACAAGACGCCUUCUCAUGUAAUCCAGCGGGAACUGAGGAUCGGGUCGUGUCACACCCUGGUAGACUGGAACAUGUUUUGCCGGGAAGUGUGCAUGACAGUCAUCGAGGCGGACAGUUCCAAGAUCGGUGGCCCUGGAACCACGGUGGAAAUUGACGAAUCAAAGUUUGGCAAGAGGAAGUACCACCGUGGGAAAAGGGUCGAGGGUGUUUGGGUGCUUGGCGGCAUUGAACGUGAAAGUCGGCAAGUGUUCCUCACCACCCUGACCGACCGAAGUGCGGACACCCUCAUCUCCGCUAUUGAGAAGCAUGUGGCUAAGGGAACCACAAUCAUCACUGAUUGUUGGAAGGCAUACAACAAGCUUGGGAAGCUUGGCUACACCCACAUGACUGUGAACCAUAGUGAAAACUUUAAGGACCCAGAGACAGGUGCUCACACAAACACCAUAGAAUCAACGUGGCGAGCGGUGAAAAACACUGGACUACCUGGAUCUGGGACCCAGAAAGCACUAUACGAUUCGUACUUUGUUGAGUACAUUUUCUGGCGAAAAUACUUGUCUAGUGCUCCGGACAAGUACCUCGCUUUCUUGGAGGCAGUGAAGCGAGUAUAUCCACCUACCCUUGAUUGUGUGGUAGAUCGCCUAGAACGAAAGCCCCUCGCUGAGAAGAUGUAA